AUGUUUAUUAUUCAAGGCAUUAUUUGCCAAGCUAUUACCGUACUUGGGAUCUUCGGGAAUAUUAUUAACUGUAUUGUUUUUGUGAAACAAGGUUUCUCAGAUAAUAUAAAUGUAAGUCUCUUGGGCCUCACAAUCUCAGAUCUGUGCUCUCUCAUCUGUAUAAUGUGGACCUCUCUUUUUUUUAUCCCUGUUGCUAGAGAUACUGAUUUAUUCUCUUCAGACGUGCAUGUUUUAUCAGGUACUUUGCCUCAUAUUAUAUUCACAAGAAUUACGGGAUGGAUAACAGCGUUUAUCAGUCUGGAGAGAUGCGUCUGUGUUAUUAAACCAUUAAAAGUCAAAACGAUGUUCACAAGAAAGAGACAUUUCAAUGCAAUGAUAGUCAUAUAUGCUGUAACUAUUGCAUCUGCGAUUCCUGCAUACGUUUCUAUAGGGCUUGAGUGGACUUUCUUCCCUGCAGAAAAUAAAUCGCGUAUUUCACUAAUUCAAAGACUAGAUGAAAAUGGUAGAAAAGUAACUGAUGCCCUGACGCAUGCUGUCAGUGGUGUGUUGAUUCCGGUUUCUUGUGUUGUAUCCGUUGUCGUUCUCACAACCAUCCUCGUAGUCCAGCUCAACAAGACAGCAGCAUGGAGGAAGUCUGUCUCCCCAGGUGUGAUUCGCGACACACAACAGCCCAAUGCAAAAGUCGUCAUCAACAACAAGGAAAUGAAAAUAGCCAAAAUGGUGGUGAUUAUGUCCCUCAUUUUCAUUGCUUCCUUCUUUCCUGCCGCCGGUAUUUUUUUAACCGAAAUCGUUGAACCGACAUUUAAUUAUGACAAGUUGAACAGGAGGUUAGUGUUUGUGACUCUAUCUGUGUCAUUUACCUUAGAAGUUAUCAACUCCAGUGUCAACACGUUUGUGUAUUUCAGAAUGAGCACCAAAUACAGAGAAACCUUUCUGAAGCUGUUUAGAUUGAAUAGACUUCCCAACGGUUACUACAGAAAUGAUUGA